CCGACCCGGUUAUGUCGGGCACCGACCCGGUUAUGUCGGGCACCGACCUGGCGAUGUCGGGCACCCACCUGGCGAUGUCGGGCACCCACCUGGCGAUGUCAGGCACCGACCCGGCGAUGUCGGGCACCGACCCGAGCGAGCCGGAGAAGCCUCCCUACACCUACGUGGCGCUGAUCACCAUGGCCAUCCGCGCCAGCCCCGAGCAGCGGCUCCCGCUGAGCGGCAUCUACGCCUUCAUCACCGAGCGCUUCCCCUACUACCGCGGCUGCUCCCCGGGCUGGCAGAACAGCAUCCGCCACAACCUCAGCCUCAACUCCUGCUUCCGACGCCUGCCCCGCCGCGGCAGCCGCGGCGGCGAAUGGGCGCUGGAUCCCGCUUUCCACGACAUGUUCCCGGAGGGCGAUUAUCGCGGGCGCCGCCGCCGCCUCCGCCGCCCGCCCGCAUCAUCAUCAUCAUCAUCGCCGCCGCCGCCGCCCGCAUCAUCAUCAUCAUCGCCGCCGCCGCCGCCCACCCCGCUGCCCGCCGCGCCCUGGUCCCCGCCGCCGCCCUUCGCGGUGCCCCCGGUCCCCGCAGGCUGCUCGCACGGGCCCUGGGCAGCGCUGGCGCUGCCCCGCGGGUGCCUCUGCCCGGAGCUGCACGGCUGGGCCCCCGCCGGGCUCCUGGGGCCGCCGCAGGGCUUCCCCGCCUGGCCGCUGGAUGCGGGGAUGCCCCGCGAGCUGGGCGCCAGGAUGUCGCCCUCCUUCAAGUGAACUCCCCCCCGGCCGGGCUCGGGGCGCUGCUGCUUCGCCGCUGGGUUCCCGAGAAAGCGUUUGAAACCUGCUGGAUUCCUGAGAAAGCGAUUUCAAACCGCCCGGGAAGCGCCGUGUGAGAAGUGCCUGUUGCGGUGACUGGGAUGCUCCCCCUGCCUCGGUCCUCUGUGCCCCGAGGAGGAUGAAUUGCGCUUCUCUACUGCAUCGGUUUGGAUUUGGGGAAGGAGGGAUUAUGGUUUUGUUGUUCGAACCUUCAGGCAGGGGACGAAUUACAGUUUUGGUGUUUGAACCUUCAGGCAGCCUGAGAGGGAGCCGCAGAACACGGGCGACCUCUGAAAGUACGCGAGGAGGAGUCGUGCCCGUGCUACUCCUCGGUUCGUGCAGGGAAGUUAUUUUUUUCAAGUGUCCUUAAUUUAUUUUGAAGCUUUUCUUUCAAGGUUUAUGGAAAAGCAAUAUCUAUGUUGUGGGGUUGGUUUGGUUUUUUGGGUUUGGUUUGUUUGGUUGUUUUUUUUUGGGGGGGGGAAAUACCCCAAACCAACAAACCCCAGAGGUGUUUGGGUUAAUACUGGAAAUCUUGUGGGUUUGUAUUUGAAGUGAAUUUAUAUGGGAUUUUUCAUAUGGAUUGUUUUAUACUGUUGCUGGUUAUGUAUGUUUGCAUACGUUCAUUGUUAACAAGUUUCUUACAUAUUACCGUGUAAUAAUAUUUUCCCUUUGGGUUUCAGAGGGAGUAGUUUUUAUGCUUUUCUCUCAAAAUAAGGGUUCAGAGACAAAAUGUGCUUCCAAUAAGAACCACGUUUUAAGUUUAAGGGAGAGAAGGAUUCAAAUACUGUUAUGUGAAGAGCAGCAUUUAUUGUAUGUUAUAUUAAUAAAUAGUAUUUCCUAAGAGAUGUGGCUUCAAAAAGUACUUAAACUAUUUUGAUGCUUUUCUUGAAAGUAGGUACAACUGAAAUCCAGUUUUAUAGUUAUUUUAUAUUUUUUUAUGUUUAUGAAGUGAUUCUGAAUGUCAUCUUUAAAUUCUACCAGUAUGUUAUAAACAAUACUGUUAGAUUUAGAUGGGGUGACAACUUUAUGGUUGUUUUUACGGGAUGCCAACACAUUAAAGAUGCUGCAGUUCUGUCAUGUUUCAA